GGCAAUCCAAAAAUUGCAAAAAAUAAAAAGAAAAAAUAUUCACAACACUGCCUAUAAGUAUAGAGUGUAUUUUUAUUCAUACUCAAAUAAAGACUCUUACUAAAAUUUACUUUCUACAAGUAAAAAGACCAAAAGGGUUGCCAUAUUAAUCCAAUUCCAAUGUCAAUAAUUGAAAGAAAUAAUGUUGAAGAAGAUGAAAGUUUCUUCUAUGCAAUUGAACUAAGAAGCUCAGUUGUGUUGCCCAUGUCCUUGUUUGCCACAAUUGAGCUCGGUGUUUUCGAAAUACUAGCAAAAGCCGGCGAUGGAGCUAAGCUCUCAUCAUUGGACAUUGCUAGUCAUUUGCCAACCGAAAAUCCUGAUGCACCAAUGAUGUUGGACCGCAUCCUCACGCUUCUAGCUAGCCACUCUGUGCUUGAUUGUGUUGUGGUUGGCGAGGGCUCGAGUAUGCGAAAACUCUAUAGCCUAUCUCCAGUCUCAAAGCAUUUUUUACUUGAAGCACAUGGUGCUUCAUCUCAUGCCAUAAUGAAAUUGGGACUCGAUAAGGUUUUCUUGGAAAGUUGGUUCGAGUUGAAAAACGCAGUUCUGGAAGGAGGGUCAGCGUUCAAAAGGGCUCACGGAAUGAAUGUGUUUGAGUAUGGAAAAUUAGAUCCAAGAUUUGGUGAAGUAUUUAACUCAGUAAUGUACAAUCAAGCCAUAGUUGUUACCAAGAAAUUAAUUGAGUGUUACAAAGGGUUUGAGAAUAAUAUUGAGACAUUAGUAGAUGUUGGUGGAGGCUGUGGAGUCACAAUUAGCUUAAUUGUUUCAAAAUAUCCUCAAAUUAAGGCUAUUAAUUUUGACUUACCUCAUAUCAUCAAAAAUGCCCCUACUUAUCCAGGUGUUGAACAUGUGGAAGGAGAUAUGUUUGAGAAGAUUUCAAAUGGUGAUGCCAUUUUCAUGAAGUGGAUACUUCAUGAUUGGAACGAUGAGGAUUGUGUGAAAAUAUUGAAAAAGUGUUAUGAAGCUACUCCAAGCAAUGGAAAGGUUAUUAAUGUUGAUAUGGUUGUUCCAAUAAUGGCAGAGACUACUCAUGAAGCUAAGAGCAUUUUUCAAUCAGAUUUAGUUAUGUUAAGUCAAAUUCCAGGAGGCAAAGAGAGAAACCAACAUGAAUUUCAGACAAUAGCAAAUGCUGCUGGAUUUAGUACUAUCAACUUUGCAUGUCCUAUUGGAAAUGUUAGGGGUUAUGGAGUUCAUUAAGUAAUUAGUAUACGAGGAGUGUUAAUUAUAAUUUCUUAUUAUAAUCUUUUUCUUAAUUUUUACGUCCGAAAUACAUGCUGAAAUAUUAUUUUUUAAAAUUUUUUGAAAAUUUUCGAAUAGUUUACAGUGUCAAAAAUAUGGUAAAUUAAAAUAUCAGUAUCUCUGUUCUUGAUGCUGCAAACUAUUCGAAAUUUACAGGGAUAAUAUUUUAACUAAAUUGAAUGUUUUUAUAUCAAAAAAAAUUAAAAAAUAUUUUAGCAUGUAUUUUUAGACGCGAAAAUUAAGAAAAAAAUUGUAAAAAGAGGUUGUAAUUAAUUUAUAUAUUCUUAUUCUUUCAAUUAUAGACUAUGAAUUAAUUGAUAUUUCAAUAAUGUUGAUGGCAACAAAUUUGUAUGUUGUGUUUAAAUAUUAUGGUAUUUGAUUUUUUAAUAAUAUAUAUCUUUCAUAAAA